AUGAAAUAAAUAAUAACAAUUCAAGUGGGGUAAAGUGGAAAUCAGAUUGGAAAUGCGAUAUGGAAUUAAAUGAUGGAUGAUUGUGGUGAGAAAUUGGAUGAAAAGUUUUUUCGUAAAGGGAUUCCUCGAACAAUACUAGUGGAUAAUGAGGAGAACACAUUGGAUAGGAUUAGGGGAAAUAAGAAUUUAUCUUAUUAUGAUCCAAAUAACUUUGUGUGUGGAAGGAGUGCUAAGUGUUUGACAUUUGCAAGUGGUUACUAUGGUUAGAAUGAUUUAUUUGAUGAGAUUGUGGAAAGGGUAAGAAAGGAAUAAGAGCAAUGUGAUGGAAUAUAGGCAGUGCAAUUGAUUCAUUCAAUAAAUGGUGGAACGGGAUCUGGAAUAGGAGCCAAACUAGUAUAUUAUACAAGUGAUCAUUUUUGUGAUUGCUCCAAAAUCAACAUUUCUAUUUAUCCAUCAAAAUAUGAAAAUAGUGUGAUUUAUCCUUAUAAUUGUCUACUUGGUUUGAUGCAUCUCAAUUACAGUUACAAUAUGGGAUUCUACUUUGAUAAUGAUGCCUUACAACAAAUGACAGAGAAUAUGUUUAUUUAUGAUCAAAAUUACGAAACUUACAAUCAAUUAUUGGCUUUUGCGAUGGAUGGGAUCUACAAAUCCUUCCGUCACAACUCCUAAUCCAAUACGAACUUUUAUAAGAUCUAAACUAACAUCACUCCCUUUCCGAAAUUGCAUUGCUACACAGUGUCACUAGCUCCUCUAUUUUCAUACAUCAAUUCACCAAGUCUAUUGCAAGUGAGUAAAGAAAUCUACUCAAAGCGAAACCAAACCUUCUCGAUGUCCUUAUCCCAAGGUUUGUUUCUAGCCUAGUAAAUCAUGGUCUAUGGGGAUACUGAUAUAUUUUCAGUCUAGUAGGAAUUCAAGUAGACUUUAACUUCAGAUGAAGUCCAAUUCGUCAGAUGGAUUGCAGAUCCAAUCACCUACUCUGUUUGUCCAGUGAAACAAAAACAAUGUGAUUUGAUGGCCUUUUCUAUCAAUCAUCAUACAGCUAUAGGAAACAAACUUAAUUUAUUGUAAUAACAAUACAGGACUCUUUUUCAAAAGAAAGCUUAUUUGCACUUGUUCUUACAGGAUGGCCUUGAUGAAUUGGAACUCCAGGAAGCAGAAGCUGCAUGCGGAGAUGUGAUUUCAGAGUAUUGUUGUUACAAUGAUUACACUGAUACUACAGAUGAAUGA